ACAGAGCCAGUUCCAGAACAGGCUCCAAAGCUACACAGAGAAACCCUGUCUCGAAAAACAAACAAAACAACAACAACAAAAACGAACCAAUUCUAUCCAAACAUACAAAUGAGUGUAAAGAGAAAAAAGCUGAUCUGAAACAGGUGUCCUAUCCUAGCCUGCAGGGCCCCUAAGACACUGGGCACAUGCAGAGGCCUUGGGGUUGGAAUGUAAGAGACAGGGCUGAAAGGCAAGGGGGAAAAAUAGGGGCUGCCACAUAGAGCAUCAGGGUCCACAGUCAGGUUCCUCGUAGAUGGGACAGAAAGGGAGGGGUAAGCCAGGCAAGAACUGUCUGGAAGAUGCCCUGUUGUUUCUGGAGGCAUAGUCCCACAGCUGGUGAAGAUAAUACUUCUCCUUCCCUUCUUGACCACCUUCUGGAACUGGAUGUCCUUCCUUCAGGCCCUUGAUGCACCUGGACCCCUCCCGCCCACCCCCAGCAUCCCAGUCAGUGGUGGCUCCCUCAAGGCCCAGCAAUCUCAUUAGUGUAGCAUCAGAGAAGACAGUCAUAAUCUGCUCACCAGGAAAGGAUAAAUUCCUAGGCCAGUGCUCUGCUGACCCAGGUCCAGCCAACUGGCACCUGCGGCUCCCUGAGACCUGUCCAGCGCUUGGUGAGUAGUGACCCAGCUCACUGCCCUUUCUGACAGCCAGAUGUCUGCUCAUUCAGAGCUGGAGUUGGGGGAAGCCAACAGGCUUUUACUGCCUCUGCUGAGCUUUGAGUCUUUAGGCGCCUGUCCCCUUUCCCUGUCCUUUGGAGAGGACAUUCUGCCAGUUACCUCCUCUGCUUCUCCACAGUAUCAAAUGGUAGUGCCUUACCAAAGCCAGCCACCUGAUCAUAUAACUGAAUGGCACCAGCUUUAGGUCAGUCUGGGUUAGGCAUCUCAGGCAUGGUUUCCAUGGAGACAGCACUGGAGCUCUGUUGGGGGUUCAUGGCCUUUGGCUAGAGAAGUGUUUUAGCACUGGGAAGUAAGGGAUGGAUGCCUCAGGGACUGAGAAGCCUGGUCUAAGCUCCUGAGUCCUGGUUCCUAAGCUGGUGCUAACUUCAAAGAUAGAGGUUGAAACUAGGAAGGGUAGGGGAGCCACUGAGAUUGAGGGAGACGUUGCCUACAACAGACUCAUCCUGUCUGCUGACUAGUCUCAGCCUUGAUGUUCCAGCAGACCACUGACAGUGGCUUAAGGCUGGAUGGGCACUAUACCACAUAGGACAGAGAGCAGAAAAGGGUCCUUGGACGCCUAAGGGUUGAGGCAGCACCUCCUGUCUGGGUCACCUGUAUUCAGCAGCAUGUGAGGUUUAUACAGCUUCCUAGAAACUCUGGGAGAUUAGGAGUCUCCUUCGGGUGCUAAUAGGAUUACAGAAAGCUGUGCCGUCCUUGGCCAAAGUCACUGGGGCUUAGAGCUCUUAGGAAGAGGAGGAGGGAUCAUCCUGUAUAGUGUCUUCUGGGUUGUGGCCUGAUACAGGGCAGCGAGGGCAACUCAGCCUCACCAGAGCCCUAAGAUGAUGUCUAACCAAGAACAAGCCCCAAGUCAGUGAGCUAGUGAGCAGCCUAAGGGAACAAUCCUAGUGUAACUGCCCUCCCUGAGACCUACUUCUGGCUUGGCCCUCUGAAACGGAGCCAUGAAAGUGAGGGGUACCAAGUUCAGCUGUUUCUGGUUCAAAGACAGGCCCUUUCCUUAGGGCAUCUCUGUGUUCCACUUUGUGGAGCAUUUAUUAUUAAGUAUCAGCAACAAGUCCAACCCCAAGGGACAAAUAUUAGCCAAAACCAACAAGUACAUAAAUAUGAACAAACGUGCUUAAAGGGUCAUAUGUAAAUAAAUGAGGAAUUUAGCAGAAUGUGAUAUGAAGACAUAAAUUAGGACUGGAAUACAGAAUGACAUGAGGUAGAGUCAGAGGAGGACUUCCUGAGAAGGGACCUGGUACCAGUGAAAGCAGCCUGGGGCUGCUCACCUGGAAGAGAAGCCUGCAUGAGGAGUACAGCCCAGCCUGACAGAGUCCAGAAGUCACUGAAGUGUCUCUGACAGCCUCACCAUGAACCUGGAGCCACCCAAGGCCGAGAUUCGGUCAGCCACACGGGUUAUAGGAGGACCAGUUACCCCCAGGAAAGGACCACCUAAGUUUAAGCAACGGCAAACCAGGCAGUUCAAGAGCAAGCCCCCCAAGAAAGGCGUCCAAGGGUUUGGAGAUGACAUCCCUGGAAUGGAAGGCCUGGGAACAGACAUCACUGUCAUCUGCCCUUGGGAGGCCUUCAACCAUCUGGAGCUGCAUGAGCUGGCUCAGUACGGCAUCAUUUAGUCAGUCCCUGCUACGUGAGCCAUGGAAGAGGCCUGCUGGAGACCCGCUCUUCCCUACCACUCCCACCCUCUGUAAGCCCUGUCCAGGAUCCCUGCCCAAGCCCAAGCCCGAGUCCCUAGCCAGGUUGUCCCUGGCCUCCAGGUGGGACAACUUCAUGCCCUGACACCAGCCACCAGAGCCGACAGCCUCCCACAGGCCACUCUGCUGACCUGAAGUCCCUGGUCAGAAGAAAGAAGGGAGGGGGACCCAGCCCCACCUCCUGUCCUUCUUGUGGCUGGAAUGCAGGAGUGGACUCCCCAAUAAUGCUUCCCUGAACUGCCUUCUGUGGGUAAGAAAGUUCCUCUGUCCUGCAACCCUUCCAGAUGGGUGUUUUGGGGUGGGACACUGUCCUGGGGUGAUGUGGUGAGAGAGACCGAGGUUACUCCACCCAUUAUACCAGCCUUCCCAACAUACUCUGUCCCUUGUCCCUAUUGCAAAAUAAAAUUAGCAUAUCCUUGCUUA